AGUAUGCAGGAAAGCUCCGGAAAGAAGAAGUGUGAGGACGGACCGAUGCAGAACGGAGAGGCCAUGAGCCCUCAAACACAGGACUCGACGAGCUCGACCCAGGAGGAGGAAAGCUGUGCGGUGCCCUCUGCACCACCCUUACCCGACUCACCACCGUCACCACCAUACCUGAGGCCGAAAUUGGUGUUUCACACCCAGCUGGCUCAUGGAAGUCCUACAGGCCGCAUCCAUGGUUUCACCAACGUAAAGGAGCUGUACGCCAAGAUCGCUGAGGUGUUCAACAUUUCUCCCUCUGAGAUUCUCUUUUGCACCCUGAACUCACACAAAGUGGACAUGCAGAAGCUCCUGGGAGGCCAGAUCGGCCUGGAGGACUUCAUCUUCGCCCAUGUCAGAGGUGAGACGAAAGAGGUGGAGGUAACCAAAACGGAGGAUGCCCUCGGCCUCACCAUCACUGAUAACGGGACUGGAUAUGCUUUCAUUAAGAGAAUAAAAGAGGGCAGCACCAUAGACCUGCUAAAGUCAGUAUGUGUGGGCGAUCAUAUAGAGGCCAUUAAUGAUCAGAGCAUUGUGGGAUGCCGGCACUAUGAAGUUGCCAAAAUGCUGAAGGAGCAGCCCAGAGGAGAGCCGUUCACUCUUAGACUGGUGGGGCCGAAAAAAGCUUUUGAUAUGAUUGGUCAGAGGACACGGUCGGCCAAAUCCACCGAGGGGAAAAUGGUCAGUGGGAAGGAAACUCUUCGCCUGCGCUCGAAAGGAACAGCGACUGUCCAGGAAGUGCCGAGUGAGUUUGAGGAGAAGGCUAUAAGACAGGUGGAUGAUCUUCUGGAGAGCUACAUGGGCAUUCGGGAUCCAGAACUCGCAACCACCAUCGUGGAGGCCGCCAAGGACAAGCAAAACCCAGAUGAUUUUGCAGAGGCUCUUGACUCAGUCCUGGGAGAUUUCGCCUUCCCUGAUGUCUUUCUGUUUGACGUCUGGGGAGCUCUGGGGGAUGUUAAAAACGGCAGAGUUUAG